GAAGAAACAACCGCCAAUCCUGCACGAUAUAAAGCAAGUGGUCCUGGCGUCUUGAGAGUACCAGAAUCCACAUCUACGUCUGUGUACAUCCUUAUAUCACACUUAUCAUGCCUUUCGGUCAAAGCGGUAACGGUGCCACCAGUAACGUUGGUACUUACAACGACGUCGCUGGAAACCAGACCAACACACAUAACGACAACUCUCGUAACGAGAACUGUGGCAAUACUAAUGUCAAUAACAACCUCGCUCCCAGUGGUGACUUUUCUGCUCAGAUAGCGGGGCAUGGGGUUCAGGCAUUUGGCUCAGCUGACGGAUCCGUGAAGGAACGGGAGAAAGCGUAUCUUAGGUCUCACUGAACGACGUAUUGUGAAGUGGGGAAAUAGUUGUUUUGUCGUGGUUUUUAUAAAGUGAACAGAACAUUGGUGAAUAUAUGCUGGAGUUUCAAAUAU